CCGACCCGGCGGCUCCGACGCGCAGUUACCCUAAUUGCGUCACCACCUACGCCACCGCCUGACCGCUUCCAGGCUCCACCCAUCCGGCCGUCCUCCAACGUGCACUGCUCUCCGCCGCCGUCCAUUUCUUUCCGAGACAAACUCAGGUUUGUUUAGGGCCUGUAAAAUGCUCAAGACUGUUCUACUUCUAGGUUAUCUCUGCUCUGUUAGAUGCAUCUUCAGACUCUUUUCACAAGCCUGAUGAUUUAGAAUAUCUCUCAAGGAGUUUAAAGGGGAUAGAAGCUUGAAAGCAUUCUGGUACAACUCGAGACAGCCUCUAGAGAUGGAGAAAAUGUCGAAACAAACAGCUCACGACCGCAUCAGUAACCUAGCGGAGCCCCUGCUGCAUCACAUCCUAUCCUUCUUAAAAAGGAAAGAUGUGGUGAAGACUAGUGCAUUGUCAAAAAGAUGGCGAUAUGUGUGGACCUCUGUGCCAACACUCGAUUUCGUGUCUUAUUCGCUUUCUUAUAUAGAGCAUGAGUAUGUGGCAUGGGUUUACUGGAACCUUCUUCGCUACCAAAGUACUAAUGUGGAGACGUUGAGAAUCCAUUUCUUCUACAGAACUUGUUUUGCCAAAGAUGUUGAUACUUGGAUUUGGUUUGCCACAGAGAGAAAUGUGCGAGAUUUGGGGUUACGUUUGGGGAGUGGAGAAUACAGUUUGCCUCAAUCUCUGUAUUCCUACUCUUCAUUGACUAAUCUGAGUUUGUCUUCCUGCCAAGUGGCACCAAAAGGAGGCAUUGGUUGGGAGUCACUUAGAAGUUUAUCUAUGGAUGGGGUGAAGUUGGAUGAGGAUACUAUUGCAAAGUUGUUCCUUGGCUGUCCUAGGUUGGAGUUCUUGAACUUUCGAAACUUUCUUGGCAAAUCUCGUUUAGAUAUCAGAUCUGAUAGUUUGAGAGAAUUGGUGAUAGAAAAAGUUGAUUUGCCAAUGUCGACUACAUUAGAAAUUUCAGCCCCUAAACUUCAAUGUUUGCAUAUUGCUGGUAUGUGGUUGGAACAAGUUCGGUUAACUGAUGUCCCGUCUCUUCAAAAAGCCAAACUCAAACUAAUUGCUGAAACCCACGGCCUUAACAACAUCAAGCUUCUGGAAAGCAUGCAUAACGUAACCAAACUUGAACUCGGACUUUGGGAGUUUCAGGCUAUACUGCUUUCAGAAGUGAAACCUUCCACACCAAUGUCCCCACCCUUUACAUGCCUGAAGAUAUCCAAAUUCAAUGCCAAAAGAGACAUGUUUGGCAUUAUAGCAUUGCUAAGAUGUUUACCAAACUUAGAGACUCUAAUUGUGAAUGAUAUUGAGCAAUGCUACUACCCACAUUCCCGUGAGAGUAUUUACGUAUCGGACAUUAAAGUUCCCCUACCGUGCCUAAAGACUGUCGAGUUCCAUGGGUUUAGGGCUCUGGAAGAGGUUGACAAAAACACCCUUAAGUUCACGGGACUGCUGCUGGACAAUGCCGAGCAUCUGGAGAGGGUCGUUAUCAACGCGGGAAGACGUCAGAUGGUCGUGGGUCCCACUCAUGCUUCAUUGCAGGGUAUUUCAAAAACUGCAAAGAUCUGAAAAUGCAAACAUCUCAUGGAGCUUAUUUCCUUUAGGGUUUAAAUCACUUUUUUUGUACGACUCUGUUUGGCGUUUUGAAUAAUUAUUUUAAUUUGGGGUGUCCAUCGAUCCAAACCUUUUGCAUUUGUUGUUUGGAUAAUCGAAGCUUUUGAGGCAGUCUAUUCGCUUGUUUUUGUAACCGGCGUGGGUAGCAGGCAUUGAACUUUGUAUGUGG